AUGGCCCCGGACCUUCAGAACCCGAUGUCCUCAGAUCAGGCGGUCUAUCUUUGGCGGCAUCUGCUCUUUGAUCGCACUAGCUUCGGGCCUCAGCUCACAGGUGCCUCCCUGAUCCCAGACCACUUCCUGCCACAGCACAUGCUGCAAAACAUCAGCAUCCACCAUGAGGCUAUGUCGCGGCACAACAGGGCAGUGUCGACACUGGCCUUGAUCACAGUGCUGCGUUACUUAAUGUCGGAGGUGUCGAGAACACUGGAUGUGGCCGAUGCCUUGGCAAGAGCUCACCAGGAUGACACCGUGGAGGUUGAACUGGACGAGGACGAUCAGGACACCUCCUUACUGAUGCAGAAGUUCGUGAUGACUGAGGGAAGAGAUACCAUGGAAAGUCGAGGGACCCGGGCGAUUCUGCGACUCCAUAAGGAGCUCUUGGGGCAGCCACGGCCUGUGCAGCUUGCACAUGUCAAAAAGGUACAGCUGGGAUUGCCACCGACUACACCGGAGGUGAAUGCAGGGUCAUGGCGUGAGCAGUUGGAGGCCGUACUGGUUGCACUGGGGCCUGGAGUGGAUGAACACACUGAGCUGAACAAUGUGGACGAGGUCUGGUUCGGGCAAUGGGUCAACGAGAUCACGGUCUUCGUCCCAGGGUUCCAAGAGGCUGUGGGUCCUAUUCAGGUGGAAUCUCAGACGACUAUGGACCCAGUGCGGGACUUGGACCACGAGCUCAACCUCCUGCUUGAGGACGAAGACAGUGAGCGGGCGUGGCAAGAACAGCGAGCCCAGGAAGAAGCUGCGGAGAGGGACCGACUUCAGGAGUUUGAAACCAUGUGUGCCAAGGAGCUGGUGGAGCUACGAGCGGAUGCCCAUGCCUUCCGGGCUUGGGAACAGGACCAGAUGGUGGAGGCGAUGGCCAGGGCACCGCCGCCUAAGCGUCGGUGCGUGCUGACAGUGGAGGCGGCUUCGAGCUCUUCCGAUAGACCGCGGGUGAUGCACACAUUCGCGGUGGAUGUACCGGUCAAUGGGACACCGGUUAGUCUUACUAUCCGCGCGACCAUGGAGCCGGACCCGGAGAAUGUGUCGACCAGGGCGGUGACAUCUGUGCCAGUGGAGCAGCCCAAUCAGGGGCAGAGAGGUGAUGGACCCGGAGAGUUACUGACGGAGGCCUUGACGGAUCUCUCCUUCGAGGACUACCAACGCAUAUACGAUCAAUGGCAGAGGGGUGAGUUACUGCUGGCCGAAAUCAUCGUGCAGUAUGGCUCCACGGUCGCCGAGCUUUUGCAGUCUCAAAGGGCCCUCAUGGUGGAAGAGACAGCAGUGCACAUGGAGCAGGAGACGGAUGGGGUGGCUGGGAACAUGCCUGCUUCAGUCGAGCCAGGGGAAGCACUGCCUGGGUUGCCGACGUCCCCUCUCAUGGCGGCCGGUGCGGAGCGUCCGCGCUUCUGCUUCUUCGAGAGCAUGUACGGACAGUGGAAAGCUGGCCUGAGGACAAGCCUGGACAUCCGUAACAGCUUCGGGGACACAUGGCUGAUCCUCUUUACCCAGUGGAAGCUGUGGGGAUUAACUGCUAUCGAGGGGCGCCUGGGCGAGAUCUUGGAUAUGACGAGGGAUCCUCCGGAAGGGUCGCAGCGGCCUCUCAAUGCUGAGUAUGAGGACAGCGUGCACAGAUGUAGCCUCAAGAUCCCGUUUGGUGUGGUGAAGCAGGUGUACCAACGAUGGAAGGACCAGCUCAUCUCCGAUGCCACCAUUGAGGAGGUGUAUGGCAGCAGAUGGUUCGAGCUGUUUCAGAGAAUGCGUGAAUAUGGCCUGAACGCAUGCCGUGCCGAGCUUUCGGAACUGGUGGAAUGGGACCUGGAAGACUUGCUUGACAUGAUUGCCGCAGGGGACAAGGACGAGAGAGAUGACAACGAGGGUCCCCAAGGGUCUACAGGGUCAAAUGUGGUAUCGAAUGGGGAGCCCAGUGGCAAUGGCAAUGGGGGUCACACGGCGUCGCCAGGGUUAGCUGAAAUGACACAGUUGGAUGGCGAGACUGAAGAUGUUGAGGGUGUCUCCAUCGAGCAGCGUGCUAACAUCCUCGCAUAUGGCCGCCACUUCCACCCGUCACUGGAGCCGCGGUGCUUGGUGCAGGACGGCAACAACAGCUGGGCUGCUUUCCCUGCAGUACAAGUAUCGGAGACUCGCCUCCGGUGCUUGCUGACGCCAACCAAGUAUGGCCGGCACACGGAGAACCUCACCUUUGCCUUUGCAUCACGCGUGAAGGUGGCCGGAGUUCGCAUGCGAAGCGUGCAGACCCAUGUGGGAGCUCCAGAGGUGAGGGAUUGUGGCAACGAGUCCAUCGAAAUGGAGGUAUGGGAGGAGUACGAUGACGAUGACAUGAUGGAAAUGGGCAAUGACAGCAAUAUGUCCAUCAUGUCCGGCAAUACCUCUGCCAUGAGAAGACGUGGCAAUGUGACAGAGGCGCGGGCCAUGCGGCCAAGGUACUUCGAGUAUACCAACUGCUCCUUCGAGGUGGACCCGGUGCCAGAGACCCACGUCUCGGAGCAGAUGGUGGCUCCACUUGGGGUCGGGUACAACACCGAGGCCAGCAUACCGGCGAGCUUGAAUCCAAACCUCGUCCAUGUCGCCGGUGGUGCCGAGCUCGCCAUUUAUGGCAACUUCUAUGGGCAGGAAGACAUGUGGUGUGGCUUCGAAGGUGUCAGGCAGCGGUCGCGGGCGGUCCGCAUCUCGAACCUGGAGAUUCGCUGUCAAGUCCCUCCUCGUACCGUGGGCAUCAGUCGUGUGUAUCUGACAGCCCGUGAUGCACGUGGUCUGCCGAGCGUGAUGUCCGCCAACGUCGGAAUGAUGCAGCUGGAGUACGUCGAGCCAGUUCACCUCUUCGAUGUUGAGCCCAAGCAGGUGAUCGAUGGAAAGAGCACCCAUCUCAAGGUCCACGGUUCUAACUUCCGACCUGUCUCCGCCCUUCGAUGCGGCUUCGAAAGCCGGGUGCAACGCCGCAGCCUUCUGACCCACCGGAUUCCUGUUUGGACGUGGCUUGGGCAUGUGCAAUGCAGCUCCCGCAUCGCAGCGGAUGCCAUUCGCACCUUCGUCAUGUUCUCGGCGGAGGCUCUCGAGCCCUUGGAUCGCGUCGAUCCGUUCAUGUGCGUCUCGUACCAGAAAGAUGGCACCUGGGUGUAUCAUCUCUUUGACGAGAACGGUGUGCUGGCUGAACCACUUCUGCCACGCCUGGAUGAUACUUUGGUGGCCGAGAUUCGGGGCAAAGACAUCAUCUCUUUGGAAAGCUACACCGGGACUUUUGCCGGAGUGCACAUCGGAUACGACAGGGGAGAUCUGGAGUUCCAGCCAGACAUCGAUAAUCUGACCCAGUGGAUGCUGGAUCGCGACAUUGAGCUGCCCAAGGUUAUCCCACGGAGAACCACAUCUGCACCAACCACGGCUACGACUUCAACGGAGCCUGCCAGUGACAACGAGAGCAACGCGAGCACAACCAGUGGGCUGCAGCCAGAACUGCAAGAAGAAGAUGAGGUGGAAAACGACACCAACGAGACCGCUCAAAACAUCAGCUUAAACGUCACAGUGACGAAGAGGACCACCACUGUGCGAUCCAGCACAACCAGCUUCCUGGCACCAACCACAACUGCCGGUCCGGAUAACUCCGAUGGUGCCGACGAGAAUGUUUCCGACGACAGCGAAGACGUGAAUCAGUCGGACAACGCUUCAACAACGACCCAGACCACGACCACAAGCAGCACCACAAGCACGACAACGUCCAGCACGACAACAAGCAGCACGAGCACAAGCUCCAGCACCAGCUCCACCUCCACAACCACUUCAUCUUCUUCAACCACCUCCAGCUCCACUUCCACUACGACCUCUACAUCGUCCACCUCCACUACUUCAUCCACUAGUUCCACAACCUCUUCCACGAGCAGCACCACCAUUACCAGCACCACAACCACUUCGUCUACCACAUCCACUGUUACAACGACCGAUGAAAAUGCCACCUGGUCCAACUACACAGAUGACAAUGAGACGCUGGAGGAGAUAAUUCCAGACAUCAUCAAUGUGUGGGUGUCCGGCGGUGAUUUCUUCGUGAACAGGGAAGUUGGUUGGGAGACGAAUUUCGUGACCACAGAGCCCGAAUACCUCUCCCGUCAUCUGAUACUGUGCCCGACUCCCGACGGGCUCUCCUGGCUGCGUAAAGGGGAAGACAAGGUCAAGCUGCGCGUGACAUUGAAUGGUCAGGAGUGGUCAGAUUCCUCUUUGGGUUUGACGGUUUUGCACAGAGACGUCGAGCCGGAAAUGGGUGAGGACCUCGUCCUUCUGCCGGAUAUCCCACGGUUGGAGGUGCAGGGAAACCUUUCGCACGACCCUGAGUUACGAUUCAGGCUGGCUCAAGUGACACCUGUUGUGGGCCCUUCCUCUGGGGGUACCGACUUGACCCUUACCAUCACGACCUGGCCACGGCUUCUUCCAGACUUCCACUUCGACUGCGUCAUCGGCUUGCAGCGGGUCCCUGCCACCUUAUUGCAAAUCCAAUCGUCUCCCGAUUUCCGCAGCUACACACUGGGAUGCACGGUGCCCAUUGCUAUGAACAUCCCAAGGCUGACUGCGGCUGGCUGCACCUGCAAAAAAGUCUGGUUCACACCUUCGGGGCAGAUGUGCGACAGCUCCUGUGAUGGCCCGAGUCCGGAUCCCAGCGAGAGUUCUGGUGCCUCGCCUGUCUUCGCCUGCACCUUGGCCCACGGGGUCCUGCCGAACGCCGAUGUCGUUGCACAGUAUCAAGACACAGUGGAGCAAGUGGGCUGGGCGAAGCUUCACAUCCAUGGUCGGCCGCGUAGCCCCGGUUCCCAGAUUUCCCAGAAGGAUCGGCUCAGGUUGGCCUUUGCUGCCGGUUUUGCUGAAGGGGCCAUGACGACAAAGCGAUCCUAUGAGCACAAGCUCUCGUACCGGCAGGCCUACUUCAAAGGGAAUUACACGAGCUACGCUGAAGCAGAAUCCUUCUUGAUGCAGAAUGAUCGGUUUGUGCGGGAGAAAAUCAAAAGCGCGGAGGACGACUGGUGGGCAGAGAUUGCCAUCGUCUGGGCGCAGCUCGACGGGUUGGUGGCUGGCAACGCUGCUGCUUGCGGCCAGAAUUGCCUUUCCCUGCUCGAUUUCCUGUUCUUUCAGGCCGAGCAAGACAUCUACAACAUCGUGAAAGUUCCCUUUGCCGAGGACGAGUGGACUCUGAAGCGCGCCGCCGAGUUCACCCGCGAGACCUCCCAUUGCUCUUCCAUCAUCAGGUUAGCACCCAACAACAGCGACCUCUUUGUGGGGCACAACACCUGGACCGGCUACUAUUCGAUGCUGCGGCUCCUCAAGGAGUAUGACAUGCCCCUGGGCGGAGCUGCAGACAAGGUGGUGUUCUCAGGCUACUUUGGCCAACUCUACAGUGGAGACGACUUCUACACCUUAAGCUCUGGCCUUACGGUGCAGGAGACAACGAACUCGCUGUACAACAAGAGCACUGCCGCCCUGAUCAAACCCGAGAGUGUCUUGACGUGGGCGCGAACUCUGGUAGCAAAUCGCCGCGCUACAGACGGUUCCUCUUGGGCUCGAUGGUUCUCGCCCUUCAACUCCGGAACGAUCAACAAUCAGUGGCAGGUUGUUGCGACCAGCAAGUUCCGACCUGGUGAGGAGGUGCCAGAUGGCAUGCUCACUGUUCUGGAGCAGAUGCCAGGUAUCAUCGUUUGGGAAGAUGUAAGUGAGGUGCUGCGAAGUCAGGGCUUUUGGGUCUCCUACAACUCCCCGUACUUCCCUACAAUUCGGGAAGCGUCUGGUGCAGACUUCAUGGAGCGCCGCUACGGCGACGCCUACUCCUACACGAAGAAUCCAAGGGCAAAAAUCUUUGCUCGCGACAUCCUCAAGGCGACAGACCUUCAGAAAGUUCAGAAGCUUCUCCGCUACAACAACUGGCGAGAAGAUCCCCUGUCUGCCCAUGGAUAUGAAGGUCCCUGGGAGCCUCGCGCACCUGAAAAUGCCAUUGCAGCUAGAUAUGACUUGCAUCCCUGGGAGAAUACCACGGAGGCUUUCGGAAACACGGACGGCAAGAUCUGUACCGCAUCAGAUUGCCAGGCUUUGCGCUUCAGCGCAAUUAGUGGGCCGACGGCAGACCAGCAGCCGCCCUUCUCUUGGACCGGCAGAUGGAGAACUUCGCCUCACGUUGGGCAGCCGGAAGUGUUCAACUUCAGCUGGAUCAGCUUUGCAGCCAUGCCAGCACCCUCAAUGUCCACCGUCAUGGUCUGA